AUGCAGGUUAACUCUACGACUACAGCAGAUUCAAAUAACCACUCUAAGAUAGUGUUUAAUCUCAGCAGUAAUGCCAGCAAUUUACUACCCUUUACAGAAUACGAAAUCACAGUGACUGCUGUAACAAACAACACACAACUUUGGGAAGGAUUUCCUUGUUAUUUGAAAGAUAAGACUAUUGAAGUAUUAGUGCCAACAGCUUCAGAAAAACCUCCGCUGUAUCAUUCUUCACCAGCCACUACCAUUGAUCAGGCAGAUUUGGCUACAGCUCGUUCUCCUUCCGAUCUAGCCAAGGCUAUAAACAUUCUUUCUCGUUCGGCUAACAUUCGAUUGAAUCUUCCAACAAAACCCAAUGGCGAUACCCAAUAUUACGUGUUGUCACUUUAUGAAAGGCUAGAUAUCAGUUCCUCAGAUAAGAAACCGUGGAAUUUUUACAGAGAAAUUCGUGCCAACGGCAGCACACGUCAGAUAAAGCUCACGGGUCUGUCGCCAUAUACUUGGUAUAAAGUUUUAGUUAGAGCGGUCACAGUGUUCCAAGGAUCGAGUCGAAAAAGCCAGGAGACUAUUACCGUGAAAUUUCGAACAAGUGACGAAGCUCCUACGGCUCCAUUUAAUUGUGAUAUCAAAAAUAAAAACAGCACCUCUAUUCUUGUGUCGUGGGACACUCCUUAUCCGUUUGACUACAAAGCAGAAUUUUACAAAGUAAAGGUCAACUAUGCAUCGAACAGAGACGUAACAGCUAAGUCGCUUACAGUGUAUGAUCAGUCUGUUCAACUAGGGAAAUUGCGUCCUUACACGAUGUAUGAUAUAACCGUCAUUGCUGUCACAAACAACACAAGAAUUCUUGAAGGCCCGCCUUGCUAUUUGCAAACACGGACUACUUUGCCAGAUGUGUAUCAUUUUAUCUGCGACACGCUGCAAUCCAAUGGCCUCGUGGAUCCUAAGUUGAUAGAAUACGAAGAGGAUUCGAGAACACAAAAGGAUUUCCAGAUGUUUUGGAAGCUAUAG